AUGGCCUGCAGCUAUGAUGGUGAUAACUUCUGUUACAAUAAGUUGUUGCUUGAUCCCAAGGAAGCAAGCUUUUUUGAUCUCAUAUACCUUCUAUUUUCUUCUGAUAUAAAGAGUAGAAGAUUUGUUGAGUGCCCAGAAGAGCAAGAGCUAAUAGAUUUUAGCAACCGAUGGCUCAUUUUCAUCUCCGUUCUUGCACAGAAAAUCUUCGUGUAUAUAAGGGAUCCUUUGGCUGAAAUAGGGCAUGCAAUAGAAACGUGGUUAAAUCUUGUCUCGAACAACGGCGGGGUUUUCUUGCUAUUCUUCAAGUUCUUGAAAGGAAACGAGGUGAGGACGGAUAGAUCAUCACCAAGUUUCAGAUCGCUAAUUGGGAAUCUUGAUCAAAGAGUAGAAAUGGACAAGAGUAUACAACCUGGCAACAGAAAGUACAACUCAGCAUUGGCUUUGAUGGCUGCUAAAUUGUCGUAUGAGAAUCAAGCCUUUGUCAGAUCCAUAGUCACAGAUCACUGGAAUAUGGAAUUCUUGGGGUUUUACAACUUCUGGAAUGAGCACCAGAAACUGCCCUCAACACAAGCUUUUAUGCUCCACGACAAAAAAACUGACCCUAACCUUAUAGUGGUAGCAUUUAGAGGCACCGAUCCGUUUGAUGCAAAUGCAUGGUUGAUUGAUGUUGAUCUCUCCUGGUAUGAGCUUCAGGGCAUUGGCAAAAUCCACCGCGGCUUUAUGCAAGCACUGGGGCUACAGAAAGAUGGCUGGCCUAAUGAAAUUGCACCAUCUAGUGAUGAUCAUUUAUAUGCAUACUAUGAACUCAGAAGAGUGCUUAAGGAUAUACUAAACAAGAAUGGCAACGCUAAGUUUAUAGUGACAGGCCAUAGCUUAGGUGGGGCAUUGGCUAUAUUGUUUGUGGGUGUUUUAGCUAUGCAUAAGGAGGCUUGGUUACUUGAUAGAAUGGAAGGUGUUUAUACUUUUGGGCAGCCAAGAGUUGGGGACAGGCAAUUUGGAAGGUUUAUGGAAGACAAGUUGAAAGAAUAUGAUGUGAGGUAUUUGAGGUAUGUUUACUGCAAUGAUUUGGUGCCUAGAUUGCCUUAUGAUGAUUCAGCUCUAUUGUAUAAGCACUUUGGCCCUUGCCUCUACUACAAUAGCUUCUAUCAUGGGAAGGUUUUGCGGGAAGAGCCAAACAAGAAUUACUUCAAUUUGUUAUGGGUUAUACCCAAGAACUUAAAUGCUUGUUGGGAGCUGAUUAGGAGCUUUAUCAUCCCUUUCGUGGGAGGUCGGGAGUACAGAGAAGGCUGGUUUAUGAAAGUGUUUAGAUUAGUAGGAUUGUUAAUUCCAGGAUUAUCAGCUCAUUCUCCUCAAGAUUAUAACAAUGCUACCAGAUUGGGAUCCCUGCCUCAACAAGACCUUCACCAAGAUUAG